AUGACUUACUUGCAGUCGGUAAGCCAGGAGUUCUUAUUUAAUUACUGUGCAUGUAGUUAUUUUAAAAACGUUGAAGCCAAAAUAAUUGAAGAAAUGAACAAAAUUAAAUUGCAAUUUGAUGUACCAUCGAAAAUUGAAGAAUAUGUUAAUAUUAUUCAAACAGAACUCAUCAUAAAAAAUAUGAAGACAAUUGUAGAGAUGGAAAAUUGUGGCGUUGUGUGUAUGUUGAAGAAUAACCAAUAUGAUGAUUUGAAAUGGAUGUACAAUUUUUUGAGUUCUGUGAAUGGUGGUGUAAAAGUGAUGUUUGAUGGUAUGCGUCCAUAUAUUCGUGAAGUAGGAGAAUUUGUUGUACUUGGAAUAAACGAAAUGUGUACUGAUUUUAAUGAUUGUGUUCAGAGUUUAUUGGAUUUGAAAAGAAAGUUUGAUAAUUUAAUGGUCAAUUUAUUCAACAAUGACCCCUUAUUUUAUGAAACUGUUGGAGAUGAAUUUUCCUAUUUCUUACACUUGAAUUCUUUAAUACCUUAUAAUCUAUCUUUUUACAUUGAUGAAAAACUAAGACGUGGAAUUAGUACGUAUUCUAAAAAAUAUUUUGAAGCUGAUAUUGAUGAAGUUAUGAAUAUGAUAAAAUAUCUUAGAGACAAAAAAUCGUUUGAAUGUGACUAUCAAAUUAAUUUAUGUGAUAGAUUACUUCAUAGCAAGUGUCCCAGCAAGCAGAAUGAGAGUAAAAUGAUCACCAAACUUAAUAGUACAUAUGUCAAUGGCUAUGGCACUUUAUACAUUUCCAAAUUAAAUGGUAUGCUACAGGAUAAGUUUGAUUUGACCAAAAGUGUUAUGAGAAACUAUGAAGACAGGGUUGAUGUAAACAAAUGUAUUUUUGGCAUUUCAAAAUCUUUUGAUUUUGACAUUGAUGUACGUGUAAUAACUUCAGUUAAUUGGCCAAUCGAUCGAGAACUUAAACAUGAAAUACCAUCAUUUGGAUUGUGUGCUUUUAAUGAAUUCAAAACAAUCUACAAAGAAAAUAAGCAGGAUAACGCCAAAAAGAAAUUAAUGUUAUUACCUCAGUUUGGUACAGUUGAAUUGGAAGCACAUUUUUUUGGCAAGCCUAGUUUGGAUAUAUCAUUUGAUAAUGAAUUACCAAUGAACAACAUUAAUCAGGUACAUCGUACGCUCAAACUUGAAGUAACAACUUACCAGAUGUGUGUGCUUGACUUUUUCAAUGCUAAUAAUACAAUAACGUUUGAAAAUUUACUAAAUAAAACUAAGAUUCCUGAACUAAAUUUAAUUAAGUCUUUAAAAGACAUGAUGCAGAAUGGCAAUAAUUUGAAGAAUUUACUUAUCAAAACUCCAAAGGGUGGAGAAAUAAAUAAGACUGACUUUUUUUUUAUUAACGAAUCAUUUGAUUUUAUAUGA